UCUCAAUUGUCGAUUGUUGUGUUAUCUAGAUUCCACAAUCCUGAUCCACUCCCCUCUGCUCUGGUCAGUUGUCUGCUGAAGCUCACUUAGCUUGUGAAAUCCACCAGGCAGACAUGGCCACUUGCCUUGGUUCAGGGGUAAGCACCGCCGUCCAGAGCUGCUCUCUGGCAGCAGAGACCUCAGCGAGUCUGAGGCAAUCUGACCUUCUGGGUUGCACACUUCGUCAGAAGGAUGUGGUUUCCGUGAAGAGGCAAGCCAGAAGAGCCACCACCGCAGUUCGUGCCGGCGCGACCGUCGCAGCGCCGACGCGGGAGACCGAUCCGAAGAAGCGCGUCGUGAUCACCGGGAUGGGCCUCUGCUCCGUGUUCGGCAACGACGUGAACGGCUACUACGACAAGCUGCUGGAAGGCGUUAGCGGGGUGGACUAUAUCGACCGCUUCGACGCCACGAAAUUCCCAACCACGUUCGCGGCGCAGAUCCGAAACUUCUCCAACGAGGGCCUGAUCGACGGGAAGAACGACCGGAGGCUGGAUGACUGCCUGCGGUACGCGAUCGUUGGCGGGAAGAAGGCGCUCAUCGACGCCGGUCUCGGAGGGGACGACCUGAACAAGGUUGACAAGCAGAAGGUGGGGGUGAUCAUCGGGUCGGGCAUGGGCGGGCUGACGGUGUACUCGGACGGCGUGAAGGCGCUGCUGGAGAAGGGGUACAAGCGCAUCACGCCCUUCUUCAUCCCCUACGCCAUCACCAACAUGGGCUCCGCGCUGCUCGCCAUCGAGCUUGGCCUCAUGGGCCCCAACUACUCCAUCUCCACCGCCUGCGCCACCGCCAACUACUGCUUCUAUGCCGCCGCCAACCACAUCCGCAGGGGCGAGGCGGACAUCAUUGUGGCAGGAGGCACUGAGGCAGCCAUCAUCCCCAUUGGCCUGGGCGGCUUCGUGGCGUGCCGCGCGCUCUCCCAGCGCAACGACUCCCCGCAGACGGCGUCGCGGCCGUGGGACAAGCAGCGCGAGGGCUUCGUUAUGGGCGAGGGCUCUGGCGUGCUGGUGAUGGAGAGCCUUGAGAGCGCCCAGAGGCGCGGGGCGCACAUCUACGCCGAGUACCUGGGCGGUGCUGUGACGUGCGACGCGCACCACAUGACCGACCCCAGGGAGGACGGCCUCGGCGUCUCCACCUGCAUCCUCAACGCGCUGGCCGAUGGGGGCGUCUCCCCAGAGGAGGUGAACUACAUCAACUGCCACGCUACAUCAACCAUUGUUGGUGACGUGGCAGAGGUGAACGCCAUCAAGAAGGUGUUCAAGGACACCAGCGAGAUCAAGCUCAACGGGACCAAGUCCAUGAUUGGUCAUUGUCUGGGCGCUGCUGGAGGGUUGGAGGCCAUUGCAGUGAUCAAGGCGAUUGAGACCGGAUGGCUGCACCCCACCAUCAACCAAUUUAACCUGGAGGAGUCGGUCACCUUCGACACGGUGCCCAACGAGAAGAAGCAGCAUAAAGUCAACAUUGGUAUCUCCAACUCCUUCGGCUUUGGCGGUCACAAUUCUGUGGUCGUUUUUGCCCCUUUUGAGGCAUAGGUGCCUUGCUGCACUCUGCAGUAGCAUGGUUACUGCUCUUGGUAGAUAUGUCUGUGAUGUGCAUGUUUGUGAAGCAUGAUUUUGAAUAGAUCCACUUUUUAUGGCAGGUACUGUUAACGUAGAAACGAAUGAUUACUAGAGGUGGAAACCUAGAACAAAUACUAGUUGGUUGUACUCACUAGAAGCAUACCUCAGUCUAGC